AUGAAUAGCCGUCAGGCUAAGUCUGCUAAUGAUGUGGUAAUUGGUGUUUUCUUUAUAAGUUCUUUUCCUGUGAAAGUCUUGUUUGAUUCAGGGGCGUCACAUUCUUUUAUUUCUAAGGAAGUAGUUGGGAGUCUCAGGUUAGAGAGUCGUGAGUCAGUUUCUCUAGAUGUGUCUAUUCCAUCUGGAAAAGUGAGGAGUUGUUCAAGAUUGUUUUUUAAUGUGCCUAUUUCCAUCUCUGGGGUAGAGUUUCUAGCCGAUUUAAUCAAGUUUGACUUAAAUGACUUUGAUGUGACUCUGGGUAUGGAUUGGUUGGGAAAGUAUAAAGAAAAAAUUGAUUGUGCGGCUGAAAAGGUCACCUUGACUAGCCCAAGUAAGACCAAAGUGGUGUAUAAAAGGAAGGGAAAAGCUCAGGGUUAA